GACAAAACAUCCGAGGUCAACCGGAGCCCAGCUGCUGCUUUGAUUAUAUACGCCGUGCACUGCAUCCAUUUUUCUCUCGCAUCUUUGAUUCUUGCCCCCUUUAUAGCCUUUUUCUUCCUUCCAUCACCUCCGUCACCACAGACCGAAGCAUCCAUCCCUUUCCCGUUGCAUACUCUCGUCUUGAUCUUUGUAUUCUAGCUUUUCCACACCUUCAUAAUGAGCGCUGUCGCACGGAUUUCUCAGAUCGGAGGCCAGAUCUCUGGCAACCCCACUGCUGGUGGCCGCGAGAAGCUGUUGGAGAAGCACCCCGACGAUGUCGUCGUCACCGCCGCCUGCCGUACCGCCUUCACCAAGGGCGGCAAGGGAGGCUUCAAGGACACACCCGCAGGUGAUCUCCUUGCUGGCGUCCUGAAGGCCGUUCUCGAGCGCUCCAAGAUCAACCCUGCCCUUGUUGAGGAUAUCGCCGUCGGCAACGUGCUUGCUCCCGGCGCUGGUGCUACCGAGUUUCGUGCUGCUGCCUUCGUUGCUGGCUUCACCGAGGACACCGCUGUCCGAGCUCUCAACCGACAGUGCUCAUCCGGUCUGCAGGCCUGCAUCGACGUCGCCAACCAGAUCAAGGCUGGUAUGAUUGAUAUUGGUAUUGGUGCUGGUGCGGAGAGCAUGAGCUUGAACUACGGCCCUGCCGCCGUGUCCGAGUUCUCUGAUGAUUUCCAGCAGAACCAGGAGGCCGUCAACUGCAAGGUCCCCAUGGGUAAGCUCUCUGAGGACAUGGCCAAGGAUCUUGGCAUCUCCCGAGCGGUCCAAGAUGACUUCGCCGCCAAGUCUUACCAAAAGGCCGUCAAGGCACAGAAGGCCGGCCUCUUCAAGGAUGAAAUCGCUCCCGUCAAGGCCAAGGUCCAGGAUCCCAAGACCGAAGAGUGGAAGGAGGUUAUUGUCGACCGCGACGACGGCAUGCGUGACGGCAUCACCGCCGAGUCACUCGCCAAGAUUCGCCCUGCCUUUGCCAAGGACGGCAGCAUCCACGCCGGUAACGCCAGCCAGAUCUCUGACGGCGCUGCCGCCGUGCUGCUGAUGCGCCGCUCAACUGCUGAGAAGCUCGGCCAGCAGAUCAUCGGAAAGUACGUCGCCGGCGCCGUUGUCGGCGUCAAGCCCCUGCUCAUGGGCCAGGGCCCUUGGAAGGCCAUCCCCAAGGCUCUCGAGAAGGCCGGCAUCUCCAAGGACGAUGUCGACAUUUUCGAGAUCAACGAGGCGUUUGCCAGCCAGUGCCUGUGGUGCGCCAACCAGCUGGAAAUUCCCCAUGAAAAGAUCAACCCCAAGGGUGGUGCUAUUGCCUUUGGCCACCCGCUGGGCGUCACUGGUGCUCGACAGGUUUCCACACUGCUGUACGAGCUGAAGAGAACAGGCAAGAAGAUUGGCAACACGUCCAUGUGCAUUGGUACUGGUAUGGGCAUGAGCGCCGUUUGGGUUGCCGAGUAAAAUAAACUGGCGUAAUAUGAAAAUGAAUUUUGUACGAAUAGAAAACGAGCUUUUUUUUUUGUUACUGGUUCUCGUACCUAUAUAGGGAGAACAAUCUAAUAUAGAAACUAUUGGAUACCUGAUAUUUAACGAGGAAAUUGAUU